UCUCUUCUCUUUCUCCGCACUCUGUUUUAUUGAGGCAGUGAGAUUUAUCAUUUAUCAUUUAGCAGUAGCAAUAUAUCUCCCUGGAGAGACCAUUAAGCGUUUAUAAGAGGCCAUUCUCGAAUUUUGAUCACGCCUCAAAAGGACUGAAUCUCUUGGGCGAAAAAAGAUCGCGAUUUUUUUUUUUUUUUUUUGUUUUGAAAUGUGAGUUUCGAGUUGGGUUGCUCCCCAAAAGAAAGAUCUGUUUUGGGUUUUCUGGGGUUUUGUCUCGACUGUUGCCAGGAGAAAUUUUAAUGGCUAGGAGCAAUGAAGUUAACCUCAGUGAGAGCAAGCUGGUGGUUCCACUGAACACUUGGGUUCUUAUCUCGAACUUCAAGCUGGCCUAUAAUCUCCUCCGGCGUCCUGACGGUACUUUCAACCGCCACCUUGCGGAAUUCCUUGACCGAAAAGUCUCAGCCAACGCAAAUCCAGUUGAUGGGGUUUUCUCCUUUGAUGUCAUCAUUGAUCGUGAGACUGGCCUCCUUACCCGCAUCUACAGACCUGUCGAUGCAGAGGAACCUCAUGCAAGCAUUGUUGAACUUGAGAAGCCUGUCAAUGGUGACAUCGUAUCUGUCAUUAUCUUCUUUCAUGGUGGAAGUUUUGCACACUCCUCUGCAAACAGUGCUAUAUAUGACAUGCUAUGUCGCAGAUUAGUGGGCCUGUGCAAGGCUGUUGUUGUCUCAGUGAAUUACCGGCGUGCACCAGAGAAUAGGUACCCUUGUGCAUAUGAUGAUGGAUGGACAGCCCUUAACUGGGUGAACUCAAGAUCAUGGCUUCGUAGCAAGAAAGAUUCAAAAGUUCAUAUAUACUUGGCUGGGGAUAGCUCUGGUGAAAAAGCUUACAAGUAA